AUGGCGCACAAGAGUUCUCUGAAGCUUCUGGUUCUCUCUCUCGCUUUCUCUUUUGUGCUAUCUUCAGUUGCAGUUCCAGCAACUAGAAGCCUCAAGUCAAAUGAUGAAAUCCCACCAGCAGUCCAGGAGAUACUGGCUCAGGAUGCAGUGGAUUUGACUGAUGGAGAGAUGCUACUUGAUGUGGGAGAAGGGUAUAUUGAAGGGAGGAUGGACUUGGGAAGCACAGACUACCCGGGAACUGGAGCAAAUAAUCACCAUGAUCCGAAAACCCCAGGAAGAGCUUAG